UUUUUCAUGCUCUUUCAGUUUAGGCAAUAUGUUUUUCAUUAGGAUUGUAGCGCUGGUUUUUGUCAGCUUUUGGGGAAUCGCGCCAUCAAACGCCUUAUCUGACGAUACUUUUUCUUACCCCCAAUAUCUUGUAAAAAAUUAUGUAGAACGUAUAACAGAAGGAAAGUCAGAGGAUUUCUACAUAGAGAUGAAGGAAAUACUAGAAGAAAAAUUCAAGCUUUACAAUGGUAAUCCUAUGAAAAAAUUGGAAAAAGCGUUGGUGACUGAAUAUGAAGAUACGCAAUGUACUGAUGCAAUAUAUAAGGCUAUAUUAGACUAUUAUCUAGGCAGACAAUAUGCAAGACAAAUGUCUGAUUCGAUGGGCCGAAGAGAAAGUGGUUUACUGAAAGGAAACUAUCUUUGGACAGGAACUUAUUUCGAAUGUUUUGGUGCUUCAAAUGGAAAAGAAAUUACUGGACAAAUGUGUCAGGCUAUUGUUGCUGGAAAACCGAACGCAACAACCAUGGCGGGACUAACAAUUGGUAUAUGCGUGCCGGACAAAUGUGCGGGACCAGAACUUACAGGAAUAAUUCAGUCUACUUUUUUCAAUGAUACUUCUGGGAUCUUUGUGAACGUCCUAUGUCCAGAGAGUCAAAAAUAUGACGCACCUGACAUAAUUUUUUUUACAAUUGUUGGUUUAUUGGGCCUGUUGGUAAUUACGGGAACUGCGGUUGAAUUGCUCACAUUCAUGAAACUCCGAAAAAAGAGCGAAGAAAAUAACGCGAAAGAAAUAUCUGUCUCACAAAAAUUAAUUUUGUCGUUUUCUAUCAUCAAAAAUACAAAAAAUUUGUUGAACACUGAACAGAAAGAAGGAAAUUUGGAAUGCCUUCAUGGUCUGCGUUUCAUAAGCAUGACUUGGGUGAUUCUGGGACAUUCAGUUUCAUCAACAUUCGGAUUCACAGAUAAUAUUAUCGACAUUUCCAACUAUUACGUCAAUCAUGGAGCUAUUCAAGGUGUUGCCAAUGCUUCAUUUUCAGUGGACACCUUUUUCUUUUUGAGCGGACUUCUGGUUGCUUAUUUGGGAUUGCGAGAAAUGGAUAAAAGGAAUGGAAAACUUAAUGUACUACUGAUGUAUUUGACCCGGUAUUUGAGACUUACACCGGUUUAUGCACUUGCAAUACUUUUUUAUGUUGGUCUUUACGAAAAAGUUGGUUUCGGAUUAAUUUAUCAGCCCGUGACGCAUCUCUUCGCUGUACCUUGUCAAAAAUAUUGGUGGACGAACUUAUUGUACAUAAACAAUUUGUAUCCCCCUCGCAUGGAAGAAUCGUGUUUCGUUGCAUCGUGGUAUCUGGCAAACGACAUGCAGUUUUAUUUAUUAUCUCCUAUAUUUCUGCUACUCUUCUAUCGGCAUCCUAAAGCGGGAUUGAGUGUUGUCUUCGGAACGGUGUUAGGAAGUGCCGCCAUUACUGGUGCAUUGUCCACAUAUUACAAUGUGAGACCGGACGUGAUCGAUCUUGCGCUCUUAUGCAGAUAUCUUCUUGGGCAGGGAACAGAAACAGAUAGCACUCCUCCGCCUACGCUGGUCGAAGAUCCGUAUUUUUACGAUAUCUACUUUAAGCCGUGGUGCAGAAUUGGGCCUUAUGUAAUUGGUAUGGCCACGGGCUAUUUCAUUCAUACCACAAAGAGAAAGAUUCGACUGAACGAAGUUUUUGUGACACUAAUGUGGGUGACGGUUGCAGCAGUCGAUCUCGCUAUUAUAUAUGGAUUCUGGGGCUCAAUCUCACAAAACUAUAUACCAAGUGUUAAUGCCCUAUCGUUUUACAAUGCAGUUGCAAGACCUGUGUGGGCUCUAUGUCUCGCCUGGCUUACUAUUGCUUGCGUAUCUGGUUAUGGGGGUCCUAUAAACGGAUUUCUCAGCUGGAAGGUUUUCAUUCCUUUGAGUAGACUCACUUAUUGUGCAUAUCUCAUUCAUCCAAUAGUUGUCAUGUAUCUAUAUUUGUCACGGGAAUACGAGUUGCAUUUCUCUGUCAAUAUAGUAAUAUACUAUUUCUGUGCUUUGCUUCUAAUUUCCUACGCACUAUCUUUUGUGUUUUCAAUGGCUCUGGAAAUACCUGUGACAGGUAUUGUUAAAACGUUACUUACACAUUAUAAAUCUGGCAAGGGACAUUCGAGAAAUUCAAGGAAAUCAUCAUCGCGUGAGAAUGAUAUACAUAAAGAGUAUACUGGAUCGGCAAAGAAUGAAAAACAUGGGGUUGAGAACGGAAUCAUACAUGCAAAUAGUGUCGAUAUUGACUGUGAUAAACUUUGAAAUGAAUAAAGAAUUGAAUCAAUCUACAUAAAUAAUUAUACAAAUAAGUAUUUCUCUAUGAAAUAUAUUGUUGUUGUUUUUUUGGUUGUUUUAAUUCAAUCAACUCUUAUAAGUGAAAAUUGGGCUUUGUUUUAAAUCCAUGUAUAUGUCAUUUAGAAAUACAAAAAUAGAAUUCAAAAUAUUCAUGUUUAUCGUAAACAAAUUUGCAUUUAAACUGAAAUGCCAGGGGUUUAAUAGCACGCCUUAUUCUUAUUACUGUGUUUUCAAUUCCAUCCAUCUUAAGUAUGUUGAAUAAAAUAAAUAAAAGGAAGCUAACAAUUGAAUAACUCCACUAGUAUUCCACUGCAUGAUGCAGAAAACUACGUUGAUCAAAAGUUUCGGAACUGCUUCUAUCCAGAGAAAUUGUAAGUGGAAUAUUCGUUUCAUCCACCUUCCAAAAUCUUCUUCUUCGACGCGGGAAUCGAUCAAACAGAUUAAAGAUAUGUCAUUUGCAACAGAAGAUGCGAUAAAAAAUCCAAGACCAGUCCAGAAUAUAGCUUUUUCUUCAGCACGCCAGUAAGUCAGCAGCAAAAAACAGUCGACUACAAUAUUUAUAACCGUUGUAGAAAAUUUUGAAAAUUCAGUCAGUGAUCUUAACACAUUCAUUUUGAACAAUGUUGAUAAAAAUAUGUGCGUAUGAAUAUUGAAGACUAUCUUCCUUCUGGUUUACCUCGC